AUGUCUGUUUUGAAUGUGGAGGCACAUAACUGCACUGCGAGACCUCCUGUCCCAAUGAGAGUAAGGGUUCCUCUUGCUCGCCUCAUGGACGGCCAUUACGGUCACCAUGCAGCUCCCAUUCCUCCCCCAGGGCCUCAAGGGCCCUCAUCUUCUUUUGGUGCCAUGACAGCACCUCCUCCUCCCCAACCCAGUGAGGCACCUAACUUAGUCCCAGAGGGGUAUUUGUGGUUUGCUGAGGUGAAUCGCUCUCCCACUACUGGGACCUGGAGAAACAUCCCUAUCCCAGGCACGUUUUUCCAGGGUGACUUCUGCUUUGGUGUCACUAUCAGUGGCCAAAACUGGCCUGUGUCGGACAGUUGUAACUGCCGCCAAAAGCGGUGGAAUGACUGGGUUCACCUGUUCUUGAACUCGAUUGAAGGGUUCAAGUUCAUGGUGGACUUGAAAUGGCUCGACCAUGAAAUGAGGAAUGGGUUCUAA